AUAACUGCUCCACUUCCAGUCUACCACAAGCGUGGACUCUGAUCAGCACCAUGAGGUCUUACCCUCCACCUCUACCCAAACCCACCUAUCCUCAACCGGACGACGACACCGACCCAUUAUUCCGACCGGCUACCGCCUCCGUCCUUCCCACCGUCCGCAAGAAAGGAACCGGGGUUCGGGCCUGGCUCCUCCUUGACAACACUGGUCAAGCCCAGGUUGUGGAGGCCGGUAAGCAUGCCAUCAUGCGCCGCACCGGCUUACCGGCUCGUGACCUCCGGAUCCUGGACCCACAACUCUCGUACCCAUCUACAGUAUUGGGUCGAGAAAGGGCUAUUGUCAUCAACUUGGAGCAUAUCAAGGCGAUAAUUACGGCCCAGGAGGUUCUUUUGCUAAAUUCGAGGGACCCCUCCGUUACGCCUUUUGUUGAGGAAUUGCAGAGGAGGUUGUUGUGUCAUUAUAACGCCACUAAAGCCCAGGAGGGCUAUGGUGCUGAUUCAAACUGGAAAAAUCUGUGUGAUCCUGAAGAGUCACAAUCAAGGGAAAAUCAAAAAAGUUUUACAGGAAGCAUUUCUCAUUCUCCAGACCUUGAUGAGGGAGGUAAGGUAGAUGGUAAACCAGGGCUUGAAAAUCGAAGUGGAUCAAAUGUUCUUCCAUUUGAAUUCGUUGCAUUGGAGACAUGUCUUGAGGCUGCUUGCAGUUGCUUAGAAAAUGAGGCAAAAACACUGGAACAAGAGGCUCAUCCAGCAUUGGAUAAGCUGACUUCCAAAAUCAGUACUCUCAAUUUAGAGCGUGUCCGCCAGAUUAAAAGUCGUUUGGUUGCAAUAACCGGCCGUGUUCAAAAGGUCAGGGAUGAAUUGGAACACUUGUUGGACGAUGAUGAAGAUAUGGCUGAGAUGUAUCUAACAGAAAAGUUUAUUCAACACCUAGAAAAUUCUUCCACUACAUCUUUAAACGAGGGAGGUGACAUGGAUGAUGAAUAUAUUCCAGUAGACUUGGAUGAUGGGAUUCCUGCUGAAGUCUCAUUGGAGGCUCAUGGUGCUUCUACUAGCAGAGAGGGUGAUAUUCACAAUGCCGACAAUCCACAAGGUCAUCUGUUUAGUGCUUCUCAUACUCUUAGUAGGGGAAGCCAUGGGACCCGUACUAGUACCACACAAAGUGCUAUUAGUAAGCACCUUGAUGUAGAGGAGCUGGAAAUGCUACUGGAGGCAUACUUUGUACAAAUUGAUGGUACACUGAACAAACUAUCCACGCUGAGGGAGUACGUCGAUGAUACAGAGGACUACAUCAAUAUAAUGCUGGAUGACAAACAGAAUCAUCUCCUUCAAAUGGGCGUAAUGCUAACAACAGCAACCUUAGUGAUCAGCUGUCUUGUUGCUGUUGCUGGUGUUUUCGGCAUGAAUAUCAACAUUGAAUUGUUCAAUGAAGAGACAGAGAUGGGAAUGCGAAAGUUUCUAUGGACUGUCGGCGGAGGCUGUACUGGGAGCGUAUUCCUGUAUGUAAUUGCCAUUGCCUGGUGCAAGCACAAGCGGUUGCUCGAAUAACUGAGAGGCUUGCCGGAGGAGUCAAUAAGAUUUAGUGGCUGUUGUAUGAUAUUACUGCGAUUAAAUUCUUGCACAACUUGCUCUGCAUGCCCAUGUCAUUCAUGGUCAAGUUUCUGGGGGAAGAAGUGGAGAGCUCUCCCCAUUGUAUAAUAAAAGAAAACUAUUAUUCAUGUUGUAUUUCUAUAAUUACAAAGGCCUUCAUUGUAAUAACUUCGCCAUGCAGCAAUAAAACAAAAAUGCUUCCUUCUAA